CUAGCUUUUAACGUCAGACGAUCACUGUGUAUAAAGGGGCGAACAGCAAGGGGGAGGACUGCUGGCUUAGGAAAGGCCUUGGGACGAGGCCUCUCCUCGACUCCAGAUGAUGACCUCAUCUAGGCCUCGCGAUGUUGGCGGCAGCUUUGCAAGCCGACGUGGUCACGCCAACACGCUCUCCAUAUCAGACCCUAGUCACCACGUCACAGAGGCAAUAGGCACUCUAUACGGGUCCGAUGACAACGAUUCAGACACCGAGUCUCGCGAGAACCGCAAGAGCCGACCUCUAAGCUUCCUCUCUUAUGGGGAAGACCAGCUGCCGAGCCGGACCAGAGACACAGGCGAGCCCGACGACCCCCGGCGCGCCUUGCAGCGCUCGCAGACCGAUACGACCCAUCUGUCGCCCCAAGAUGCGAACACUACUGUAAAAAAGUCCAACACUAUGCCGUCGCGAAUGUCUAUACAGAGGAUGCCGUCCUCCGAGAAUGGGCCCAUGUCGCCCUCGGGGCCCAUGUCGCCAACACCUUCCCUGCGGGACUUCCAGGCCGCAGAGAGUUCCAUGCCCAUGACCAACAUCGACAAUCCAAGAGACAUUGCCCAGGAGCUAAGCAACCUGCAGGCUCUGCGGCGGAUGUCGAUGGAUGUGGGUAGUGAUCCUGACCUGAUGCCUUUCCAGGGCAUAGUCCCGAUCCCCUCAAUAGCACCCACCGGCGAUGACGACGAGUCCGAUCCCUCUCGGCUGCUCUGGGUGCCUGCCAACGUGCACCCUGAGCUGGCACCAGAGCAGUUCAAGAGCUUCCUCGAGAGGAGGGUCACCUCGAUGAAGAGGAGGUCCGGAGAGUCGAUGCUUUCCGCUGAGGGAGUUCAGCGCAAUGACUCUUUUGGUCUGCGACGUACCAAGUCUAAACUGUCCCGCCAGAUUGACAACUCAGGUGGUCGCGGAGGCGAGGGCUACGUGGACGGUGCGGAGAGAUUAGAACGGCAGAAGUCACUCAACGGAUAUGCGACACCAGAGCUAAGCCUGGACGAGCUUGUCAAGGACCCGACCAAGGCCGUACAAAAAUUGACAAAGGAUGCCUCCGAGGGAGCCUCGAGCGAUGUCAUCCUGCCCGUGGCACCGGGCAUGGGUCUGCGGCGGUCAACCCGAACGCAGUACCGGAAGGGUGGAAGCAUGCGCGGCGACCGAUCGGCUUUCUCCAAACGCAUGGCACAGAAGCUGUCUGAUACCCAGGAAGAACCUCUUCCACCGAUGCCGACAAUGGAUGCGCCUCCCGGACCAGGAAUAUCUCGCGUGCAGACCGAGCCAGUGUCAACGGAAAACUUCUCGAGACCGAAAAAGUCUAUCAAGCGGCAGCAGGGCUUCUCGCGAGAGACACCCCCGCAGAUUGUCGAGCCUUCCGCCACCCAGGCUUUCGAAUCUGCACCAGAGCAACAAGAGCAGCAGAGCCACGGAAGAAGUGCUUCAGAUCCCGAAGAGACAGUGCAGGCCGUCGAGCAUGCACCCUAUAUUGAGCAGACCCCCCAGUUCGAGCAAUUAGACGCCACAAGACAGUUUCCAGAAAGAUCAUCUUCACAAUCAGCGAGGGCGCAGCAUUCUCAGGAAUCACAAGCCCCGCCGGUCCCGCAGCAUCGCCCACAGGAAAGAACCAUGAAUGAUAUUACAUCUCCUGGGCAUGGCCCCAUCCGCACAGACAACCUCACGAUGGUACCGACCUUCACAGCAGAAUCUGACCGGAAGAAGAGGGACAGCGACGGCGAGUCAACCAAGUCAAGCAGCGGCUGGAAGUGGUUCAAGAGCGAGGACAAGAAAAAGAAGGAGAAGGAAAAGGAACGAGAAAAGGAGAGGGAUGAACAGGCGAGGAGAUCCAAGUCAACAAAGGCUGCCGAGAAGCCGCACGAGAUUGCUCGACUUGACGUGCUCCAAAACUCGAUCGAAAAUGUCGUUGCGAAAGGGAGAGAAAGCCUUCUCCUGGACCGAGACAGCGUCGAUAGUAAGCUCCAGGAGGAGAGGAAGAAAGACACCAGCCGCAAGUCGAGUGACGGCAGAAAGGAGAAGGAUGGGUUCUUUGGGUCCAUUUUUGGAAACAAGAAAAAGUCCGAGAGAGACUCCUCGAGCAGAAAGCAGCUACGCCCGCCCUCGCCCGAGGCGCCACCACCAAGACUGCUCAAACCCGAUGUCGACUACCCGUAUACGCGAUUCCCGAUCCUGGAAGAACGGGCCAUCUACCGCAUGGCCCACAUCAAACUUGCAAACCCCAAGCGGAACCUCCUCUCGCAAGUCCUACUCAGCAACUUCAUGUACUCGUAUCUGGCCAAGAUUCAGGCUAUGCACCCGCAGCUCCAGGUACCUGUCUCGCCACAGCAAAAGCGCCUGGAGGAGGAGAGGCAGCGCAAGGAGCAGGAGGCCCAACAGGCCUACAUGGAGCAGCAGAUGCAGCAGCAGCAGUCGGCCCAGAACAGCAUCGACCAGUACAACUUUGAGUACCACCGGUCAUCCAACCAAUACGGUGACUCUGAGGGCGAUUACGUCGAUGAAAAUGGCGAGCCGUACGAUUACGACCAGGGCCAGGCGCACGGUGGGUAUGAAGGACAUCAUGGGCAAGAUGGCGGAUAUAGAUAUGGGCACGACGCAUACGGGCAGCAGCAGCUCUACUACGAUGGCCAUGACCAUCAACGACAUCAGGACGAAGAUGAAAUGUGGUGAAAGAAGCGACAAAGUCUGGGGAGACCGGAGGGGGAGUGAAAUCGAAACGAAAAACAAAAAUAUAUACAUGGGGGCAGCUGACUGGGCGCGUGGAGUGCAUACAUCAGCAUAAGCAGGAGGGACCAGCGAUAGAAGGAGGCUGUCAUGAUACGUAUCCUGCAGAAAGGAGGAAGGGUGACCGGGAGGGAGGUAUUCUGGAUCUAACGUAGUAAUAUCUGCAUAAGCAUGGAGUUUGUGG